AUGUGGGAGCAGAACAUCUUAAGGCGGCACUAUGUUUACACAGCAAAGUGCCACGGUGUAAUCCGCGCCCCCGAGUUCCAUCUGUCGUGUAACGAAUACUUGCACAAGCAUCCACCAACAGCUUUGUCAUAUCUGGGCGUGGGCGUACGCCCAUACAGAGGCUCACUGUCACUCCGCACGCUCACCGCCACAGUGUCCCGCCGCCACCGCCGCUACCACACCUCCGCCACCGCCACCACCACAGAGAUCUCAACGACGCGGCGAGAGGCGGACUCCGGGGCUGCCAUGCGACUCUCCGGUACUCCAAUGGACACGCCCGUCCCCUUCAGGAUCAAGGGAAUGAUGCUGUGGAUGCUGCUCGCCCAGGCCGGCGUGGCGCUCGGGGCGACCCUCGCGGCCUCCUCCUCCGCCCCGCCCGACGCGCCGCAAGCCAGCGACAUCGAGGACGCGCCAUCGGCCGGAGGCAUCCUGUCCAGAGUGUUCCCUGAGGGCUUCAAGCGGUCUUCCGCGGACGAGGUCAGCGACUCAGCAGCUGACAGCGUCGACUACCCUGACCAUCCAGCCAAGACGGUGGUUAAGAGGUCCACCGAGAUCCCCGACAGCUAUAUGGCGGCUAUGGGUUACAACCCCAUGAACGCUUGGGCGAAGAGGAACGGCUACGACCCCGGCUACGAAGCUUACAUGCAGAGUCUUGCGUACGACCCCACGAUGGCCUUCGGCAAGAGACAGCUCAAGAGGAACGACGGCUUCCAGUCGUACAUGCAGUCCCUUAACUACAACCCUACAGGUGCCUGGGGGAAGAGGAGUGACUACGACGCCUACCUUCAGAGCACGGGGUACGACCCCAUGGCGGUCUAUGCCAAGAAGACCGUCAAGCGGAGCAGCGACUACCCUUCGGUGUACCAGGAGAUUCCCAGUGGGCCCAGAAAAGACGAGGAAUUCGGGGAGAUCUAUUACCCCCAACACUUCUUUAAUGGCGAAAUCAAGAAGCAGGACCCUUACAUGGACGUGUACCUGCCCAACCAAUACAUGCACAGCUUCAAGAGGUCCAUCACGCCUUACCUGCUCUCCGUGGCGUCGAACGACUGGAAGAGAGCGCCGAACGAGAUGGGGGCGCAGGGCUUCCACGAGGGAAUCUUCACGCACAACUUUGGCGACUUCUCACCCGUCAAGAAACGCGGCAAGAGAGAAGCCGACCCCUCGGCAGCGGCAGAAAAGGACUCCGCUUUGGUAUCUAGCGACGGAAACUACGAUGACUAUGCCAUGGCGAAGCGGCGAUUGGGCAUGGGGGCAAGCGGAUUCCAUGGCGACACUUUCAGUCAAGGCUUCGGCGAUUUCUCUACCAUGAAGAAGCGUCGUCUCGGCAUGGGAGCCAGCGGAUUCCAUGGGGAUACAUUCAGCCAAGGCUUCGGAGAUUUCUCAACCAUGAAGAAGCGAAGGCUCGGUAUGGGAGCCAGCGGCUUCCACGGAGACACCUUUAACGAAGGGUUCGGCGACUUCUCGACCAUGAAGAAGCGACGCCUGGGUAUGGACGCCAGCGGCUUCUACGGAGACACUUUCAGCCAAGGCUUCGGGGACUUCUCCACCAUGAAGAAGCGGCGGCUCGGCAUGGGAGCCAGCGGGUUUCACGGGGACACCUUCAGUCAGGGCUUCGGAGACUUCUCCACCAUGAAGAAGCGCCGCCUGGGAAUGGGGGCAAGUGGCUUCCACGGAGACACGUUCAGCCAGGGCUUUGGCGACUUCUCCACCAUGAAGAAGAGGAGGCCGGAGAUGGACUCCAGCGGUUUCUACGGCGACACCUUCAGUAACGGCUUCGGGAGUUUCUACACCAUGAAGCGGCGACCGGAAAUGGAUUCCAGUGGAUUCUAUGGUGACACUUUUUCCAACGGCUUCGGAGAUUUUGCUACCAUGAAAAAGAAAGACGGAGAUGACGACUCACAGACCACAGAGUCUAAUGAACAGGACAAGAAGUCAACGAGAAGAAAGCGACAAGCCGGAGACAUGCUUUACGCUGAACGGCAGAAUUACGAGACAGACGCUAACAACCCGGGCCUGGCGACGGACUCUGGUCUUCACGAGCUGAGGAUCCCACAGAUGCAGGACGGACGACCGAAGAGGAACCUCGAGGGGAGCGACAUCAUGGAAGUCGAGAUGAAACCUCCCGUGGAAACUGACAUCAAGCUCCGCAGUCGCAGAGACACCGGCAGUGCCGACCUCCUCAUCGCCGACUACCCGGUGACGUACGUGGGCGACGAGGAGGGCGCGGUAACAGGACGUUCCCGAACGCUGGCCAAGCGGGCUGCCGAGACGGAAGCGGCCGACCCCUUCGCCGACGCCCUGGGCGGCUUCGAGACCAUGAAGAGACGGCGAUGAGCUGCUGCCCCGCGUCGACGUCCGGCCACCGCUCGCCCAGGACCCUUCCGCCCCUCCGCGUGGCCGCCUCCGUCGCUGACUGGCCUACGAUCGGAAUUUCCUUUCAUCUACGAUAUGUCUGUUCAAAAAGAAUAAAAAGUUAGGCAUUAUUAAUCCACAGUGAAACGUUCUUUCCCUACUCUUUUGUCUCUGUUUAAAGACUAUUUUUUACAUGAUAGCCAAAGAUUAUUGAAAGAAACCUCAUCUGCUAUUGAUAACAAAAUUGUAUAGAUAAAUACAAGCAUACACACAUAGAUAUGCAUAUCUGUAUGUAUGUAUGUCUGUAUGUACACCUUAUAUCUGCUUUUCUUUCAUUUGGCCGAGAAAAAAUACAAAGCAUCUUCGAGUGAUAUACUAUCUAAAUCCAUGUAUAUCAUUUGGCACACAUACAAAAACACACACAAAGAAAUAUAUAUACAUAUAUAAUAUAUAUAUAUAUAUAUAUAUAUAUAUAUAUAUAAACCUAUACAAGCAUAUAUGCCAAUGGUGUGCGGCCGUAGUUACCAACUCUGUUAAAUGAAGUUCUUUGACUAUUUCUCUUGAUGUAAUAAAUUCUAUGAUACUGAAGGUAGUUUUUAGUGAUCCAGAAGCUUGCAGCUCCUGAUAAGAAAUUAAAGACCUACAGUAUAUCCAGUACCUACACGGAAACACAGGCACUUUCUCCCUUUUUUCACCCAAUGUUAUUCCUCCAUUCCUUCCCAACCCCCACCACUCCCCUCCCCCUACCCCCUCCCUACUGAGGCUGGGACCCGCUUCCCCGAUCGACCCUAUGACACAACUCGAUAAUCAAAUCAUUGUUAUUUAUUCAUUUGUUUUAAAGAUUGGUGGGUUGAUAGAGGCGUUCACCCUCCUUCUCUAAUAAAUAAAACUUUUCCUGAAGCUUCCUUGACACAGGAACUCUCUGAAGAUACUAGACAUACACUUCCGUUUUCUAUGGUAGGCACCUGAUUCCCAUUUUCUUUCUUCUUGGAGGAGAAUGCAGUUGAACGAGAACAGACAUAAUAUGGAUUCUGUCACUCUCAAACUUGCAUUUCACUGAUCCCUUUUCAAAGCCUUCCACGAACUUGUGUUGCAAAAAAAAGAAAGAAAAGAAAAAGAACACUUGACGAACAUCAGACUCGGUUCUGUUAUAACUACAACAUACUUCUCUCUCUUGUAUAUCACGAUAUUAUGUGCCACGAACAAGUGUGCCACAAACACACUGUUCUGAUCCCUUGUCAUAGACUAACCCCCACACACAUACAAAAAAAAAAAAAAGUCCAGUGUGCAAAAUCUUAUGGAAACAAAAGGGAGAUUGAUAUAAAACGUGACUUUCUGCACUAGUAGUGAUGCCCGUUCGCAUAUGUACUCUUUUAAGAUGUGUCUGGAUUAGGUGUCCCUCAAACAGGUUUAUGGUGAUAUAGAUUCUAUCAAAGAAAUAUAUGAAUAUAUAUAUAAAUGUUCUUGCUUUUUUUUUCUGGUGUGUAUUUUAUGCAGAUGAGGCUUUUACUGUUAACUGGUUGAUUUCCAAUCGAGAUGAUAUAUGUUUGCAUAAUUCUGUAUAAACUAGGAUAAAAAAAAAAAAAAUCUGAUGUUCCUAUCGUAGCUAAAACUUCUGUAAGAGUUUUAGAUUCGCUGCAGACUGAGGCGUGGGUGACAAUGUUGCAACUGAAUUAUAUAUGAUUUGUAUCAAAACUUAUAUCGAAUAAACUAAUUACAUUAAAUAUCGAAUUAUUUAGCUAACAAAGGCGGCCGAUUCGAGAGAAGUCCUUGACAAUUUUUUUGCGGCCGAUGGUCGUUGCAUCUGCAUUUGCAAGCCCUUGUCAAGGCAUACAAGCGCUUGGAAUCAUUAUUCUUCCUAUUACUGUUAUGGCAGAAAAUGUAACUUAUUCGAUGCAUGGAUAAUUAAAAAUAAGUCUAAAAUAUUACUUGUGAAAAACAGAAAAAAAUAAAUAUGGGAUAUGAACA